AUGGCUCGUGUCUUCGUCUACGGCACGCUGAAGAAGGGCCAGCCCAACUACAAGCACAUGAUCAACUCGGCCAAGGGGCUAGCGAAAUUCCAAGGAAGGGGCCGCACGGCAGAGAAGUACCCGCUGGUGAUUGCAGGAAAAUACAACAUUCCUUACAUGCUGAACAUCCCGGGAACAGGACACCACGUUGCUGGGGAGAUUUACUCGGUUGACGACCAGAUGCUGCAGUUUCUGGAUGAGUUUGAAGGCUGCCCAGACAUGUACCAGCGCACCCUGAUGAGAAUCGAGGUGGUGGAGUGGGAAGGGAAGGGUGGCGUGGGCGAGGCGCGGGCAGCUGCUGAGGGCGUUAUGGAGUGCUUCGUGUACAGCACAACGACAUACCCGCCCGAGUGGGUCCGCCUCCCCUACCAUGACAGUUACGAUUCCUCGGGGAAACACGGCCUCUCCUAUGUCCUACGUGAAAGUCGGGAUUAG